CCUAAAGCAAUCAAAUCAAGUGAAUACGAAUUACAGCCAAUAUAAUCUUAAUAGUGAAUACUACCUCGGGAAGCUAGUUUGAAGCACAGAAGAAGACAAGAUGAGUAUGCCACAGAUGGAUGCCGCCCAGCAGGCAAAGCUGCAACUGAUGCAGGAGAUGGAAAUCGAAAUGAUGUCCGAUCUGUACACCCGGAUGACCCAAGCGUGCCACAAGAAGUGCAUCCCACCCAAGUACGCCGAUGCCGAGCUUGGCAAGGGCGAAUCCGUUUGCCUGGAUCGAUGCGUGGCCAAGUAUCUGGAAAUCCACGAACGGAUAGGCAAAAAGCUGACGGCCAUGUCCGCGCAGGAUGACGACCUGAAGAAGAAGAUGGGUGUUUAAGUCGAGGAGAAUGCGUUCAAUAUUUAGCAAGAUAGCGGUGUGGUUAGUUUGUUCGAUUGGGAAUCGCUUUGCUUUGGUUCCGUUUUAUAUUCUUUUUUUUUGUUCCCAUAAGGCCCUUCGUUAUGAUUAAGGAUCUUCGAAACUCGUGUGAAGAGAGGUUUUGUAAGCGUUUCAUAAGUUUUAUUAUGUAUGAAAUACGCUACGAAAUGACUGUUCGAUAGUACGAGGGAAAUACAGAGACCUA